AUGGCCCUAUGUGUCGAUCGCCAAGGCCAUAAAGCCUCCAUCCGCAACAAGGUCUGGAAGGAGUUGCGAAAAGUGGCAUACCCGGACUCCCGUUUCCACUAUGACUUCUCCAGCUUCAUCGCGGAUUUCCAAGGCUCACAGGAGGCCAACGACAGGCUGAUGGCUCUUCCGAGCUUCAAGUCUUGUAGCACUGUCUUCAUAACCCCGGACAACGGUCUCGAGUAUCUGCGAGAGAAGACGCUAGAAGCUGGCAUCAAAGUUUUAAUGACGACAUAUGGCAUACGGAGGGGUUUCUGGCUGCUUGAUCCGGCGAAUAUCGAUCCUUCGUUGCACAAGUACGCGUCAACCCUGGACGGCAUGGAAAAGGUUGGAAAGCCGGUCUCUCUGGAGGAAAUAGUCACCAUGGGACUCUCGAUAGGCUUGAUGGUCACGGGGACAGGAGCCAUCAAUGAGAAAGGCGUACGGUUUGGUAAGGGGCACGGCUUCUUCGAUCUUGAAUGGGGGAUGUUAUUCACGAAGGGCGUUGUUGGCCCGGACACGGUCACUGUCGCAUUGGUGCAUGAUUGUCAGGUCCUCACAGAAGAGCUCAUACCAGACGAGUUUGACACAGUGUGUGAUUUUGUGAUCACACCAACCAGAGUCAUGGAAGUUGGAGCUGUCAAGAAGCCUACUUGUGGGAUCAUCUGGGAACGGUUAGAGACUGGGAUGCUAGAGGAUAUACCGCCGUUGCAGGAGCUCAAAGAAGCGCCACCUUUCACCAAAGCCCAAUAG